CCGGAAUCCCUUAUUAAUUUUAUCCCCAAAUUUUACCCAUUGGAACCUCUAAAAUUUCCCCCUAAAAUCUCCCCCUAAAAUGGGUAUCCCCAAAACAUAUCUAAUUUUUCCCCCAAAUCGAAAUCCCCAAAUCAAAAUCCUUCCACCAUUUCCGUGUCGCCAUACUGAUCUGUAAUCCUCAGCAUCUCUCUCACUGCAUUUCUUGCUUCUCUAAAUCUCCAUCUCUAAAUCUCUUUCUCUAAAUCUCCAUCCCUUUGAUUUUCGCCGAAAUCUAAAACUUCUAUUUUUUUGACCGGCGAUGGGAAAGAAAAGGGAGUGGAUGGUUCUCGACGGUGAAAAAAGUGUUCAAAUCAUCUCGCAAAGACUUGCCAGACAAAAAAGUUGAUUUGAUUGCCCUCUGGUCGACGAAACAGGCACAGCAGCACUGCAAGGAAGAAAAGCAGAGAGGUUUAAAUUAGACACUGCAGAUACAGUUUCAUACUUCCAGCUCCAAUCCAAAAGCACAAAGAUAUUACCCACACGUCACUCUCCAACUGUAUAAAUACGCGGUUUUGCCGGCAAAACCAAAAAAUAUUAAGCUCUUGCAAAUUUGGGUUUAACAAUGGAGGAGGGUUUUGGCCUCUGUUCAUUGUUUCUCUAAUAAAACCUCAAGGGUCUUUUUAUAAUAUUGAAUUUGGAAGGUUGUUUGGGGAGGGGGAGUGAAAUUGAAUGGCGGUGGAGUACAAAUGUUGUGGAACGGAUUUCUUUAUUCAUAAAUUGUUUGGGUUUGAUGUCGGGUCCUACUUUGAGUCUUGUUGACCUUGAGGUUCUUGCUAUGUCUGGUACUCCCAACGAUCGUAGACAUGCUGCAAAGAUAUUGCCUGUUGUCAGAAAACAGCAUUUGUUGCUUAGUACACUACUUCUAUGCAAUGCUGCUACAAUGGAGGCACUUCCCAUUUUCCUUGAUAGCUUGGUUACUGCUUGGGGUGCUAUCCUGAUAUCAGUGACCUUGAUUCUUCUAUUUGACUCAGCCCUCAAUCUCGAUGAACAAAUCUCGCAACUGAUGCAAUGUAAGCCACUUUCGGAGCAGCAGGUUUGAGUUUUUGUUGGAUGCAUGGUCCAGGAUUAGCUGAAUUCAUGCGUAGUGACGACUUGUUUAAGCUAAUUGCUUAUCUUAAAGAGUGCAUUCUAUCAUUAUUUUGUUCUAUUUGUAUUUUGUUAGAUUUCUGGUGUAGUAUGAUAAGUACGGUAUUUUGUUUGAUUGUUAUUGAUAAACUUUUUGUUUGGCGGGAUAUGUAUUUAUAUCAUAGAUUAUUCUUCUUCUCAA